CCGUCCUCCACUCUCAGCUGCCAACGCCCUCCGGAGUACUUCGCCUUCACCUCGUUGAUCUACACACUUCUUCUUUGGCCAUGGAGACCAUGAUGAGACGCCAGAGUUCCGUGGUUCUCGGCUCCAAUUCAGGACCCAGAUCUCUUCAGAUGGACCGGCACUACGCCCACAGCAUGAGCGGAGGAGCCGGCGGCCAUGGCAUCAGGAUCUCCACCGCCACCCACCACUCCCGGGUCGGCAGCGGCUACAGCGGCGGGUACGACUACCAGUCCUCUGGCUCCAAAACCCACACCAUCGGCAACGAGAAGGUCGCCAUGCAGCACCUGAACGACCGCCUGGCCAGCUACCUGGAGACUGUGAGGAGUCUGGAGAAGGCCAACAGCAAGCUGGAGAUCCAGAUCAGGGAGGCCAUUGAGAAGAGAGGCCCUCUGGAGGGCAAGGACUUCAGCAAGCACAACGCCAUCAUCGCAGACCUGAGGACCAAGAUAUUUAACCAAAUCAAGGAAAAUGCCCAUAUCGCCAUUUCCCUUGACAACGCACAGCUGGCAACGGACGACUUCAGAGUCAAGAUGGAGUACGAGCUGUCCAUGCGCCAAACGGUGGAGGCUGACGUCGUCAGACUGAGGAAGGUUCUGGACGACACCAACGUCAUUCGCCUGCACCUGGAGAGCGACAUCGAGUCUCUGAGGGAGGAGUUGAUCAACCUGAGGAAGAAUCACGAGACUGAUGUUGCUGAAUUGCGUGCCUACAUCACCCAGACCAGUGUCCAUGUGGAUGUUGACGCUCCUAAGGGACAGGACCUGGCUAAGAUCAUGGAGGAAAUGAGGGCCAAGUACGAGACGAUAGCACGGAAGAACCAGGAGGAGCUGAAAGCUUGGCAUGAGUCUCAGAUCACAGAAGUCCAGGUCCAAGUGACUGAGAGCUCAGCAGCUCUGAAGGAGGCCACGACUGUCAUUACGGAGAUCAGAAGGAGAUAUCAGGGACUAGAAAUUGAACUACAGUCUGCACUCAGUAUGAAAGCGUCCCUGGAGGCCACUCUCAGAGACAUCGAGAUGCGUUACAACAUGGAGGUGGAGAAGUACAACGCCAUCAUCAUGAGGCUGCAGGAGGAGCUGACUCAGAUCCGCAGCGACAUCCAUGGUAACACCAGAGAGUACGAGCUCCUACUCAACAUCAAGGUGAAACUGGAGGCUGAGAUCGCCGAGUACAGGAGGCUGCUGGACGGUGAACCUUUAAAACUGGAGGAUGCAGUCGAUCCCAAGUUGGUCCAGACCAAAGUGGUGACAGUCACUCAGACUCUGGUGGACGGCAAAGUGGUGUCAGAGAGCAAGGACGUGAAAUCCAGCGAUAAGCUUGUCCAUUAACCGCAGCAACAGAUGUCGAGUGGGAAACGGAAAAAACAACCUGUAACAAAAUAAAACAAGCAACAAGGCGAAAAAUC